AUGCUGAUCUCCUUAACAGUCGGCAAAGUCGAUGCGGGCGUCGCCGUCUUGCUAACCCAAGACAAAAGACUGAUCGAAUUCCCCUCCAUCCUCCUGCCACCCAACAUUUCCUCCGGCAGCAUCGUCGAUAUAACCGUAUCCCGAAACUUCAUCUCGGAACAAAAAUCCCAAUCCGCCUUCCUCGCCCUCCAAGAGAGCAUCUACUCCUCCUUUGGCGAAAGCGAGCCUCUCCCCCCUAUCCUGCGGUGCAAAAACGCAACCCAGACCUCCGUCGUCCUAGAAUGGGACCCCAUCGAACUCGCGACCGCAGACUGCAUCUCUCUCUCCCUGUUCCGCAAUGGCCAGAAAGCUGGAAACAUCCCUCGGCCGACCAGUAUGCGCACGACGAAAAUCAGUGGCCUAGCCGUAGAUACCGAGUACACGUUUCAUCUUGUGCUCAGGACGAGCGCCGGCACGUUUAGUAGUGAGAAGGUUGUUGUCAAGACCCAUAAGAUGACUGACCUUUCCGGUAUAACCGUCACGCCCGGUAUUCUCCCAGCGCAGCUUCGCGACAGUCUCACGAAAGCCGUCGAGCGCAUAGGCGCUAAGCUCGCCGACACGGUUCGUAUCGAUACCACGCAUUUCGUUACCACGGAAGGCAGAGGUAUUGCGUGGGAGAAGGCGGUGGAGAUGAAUAUCCCGGUCGUGAGACCGGAAUGGGUGGAGGGUUGUGAGAGGGGUGGGAGGAUUGUUGGCGUCAGGCAGUAUUAUCUUGAUGCUGAUCCGAGACAGAGGCAGAUUGCGGAGCAGCAAGCUACUUCACAGCAGCAGAAGCCGGCGGAACAGAAGGCGCGCGAAAGUCCGUUGCCGAGUCCGGGUCCUGAGCAGACGAAUGGGAGUCAGGCUGUUCCUCCUACGCCUCCGGCGAAAGAUGUACCGAGGGAGGAGGAGGAGAGCAGUGAUGAUAGUGAGGGGGAUGAGGAUGCGGAAGAAGAGAAGAGUGCCGUGCAGGAGGAGCAGAAGGUUAGAGUUGAGGAUAGAGAGUUGCAGAAGGUUGCUAUCCACCCAGCGCCCGAGGAAAAGGAAACAGAAAAGCAGGAAGAGAAAGAGAAAGAGGUUACGGAGGAAGAUGGUAGUGGUACGGUCACGCCUGGCCAGUCGAGUUUCCAGGACGUUGCUCUCUGA